UUCAUUCAAAAGUUGCAAAUUUUUGUGAAACUUUGUAUCAGUUUGUAUAUUUUGUUCAAACUUUCUAUCCCGAAAGUACGUGAUUUCCGUAGGAUUUGGUCAAAAAGUCUCAUAGUUUAGUACUGCAUACAAUUAAAAACGUACGUAUGUGUAAUAAUUACAACGUUUAAAUAACUAGAAAUACCGAACAAAUACAACGAAUGAUUAACCGCGGGGUGCAGUUACACUACAAAUUUAAUGCAGAGCUAAGUAUAAAUUAAAAAUAAUGUUCAGAUGCAUAUAUAUUGUUCAGGCUGUUUUUAUUUUUUAAACAAGUCAUCGACUUAGUCGAUAUCUAUUUAAAACUUUAAUCGCCAGCCCUAUUGAAAUAACCGUCGUUUCAUUCAAAAGUCAUCCGGUGCUUUGUUUCGGUUGCAAAAUGUAAUAGUUUAAUAAAUACCAGAAAAUAACAGCAAGAUGACGGAAAAGUUGAAAGAUUAUCAAGUUUUAGACGUAUUUUGCGGUGGUACGUUCUACAAAGUGCGACACAAGGUCACCAACAACAUAUUUGCGUGGAAGGCGUACAAUUGCUCCGCGUACUCUGACUCGCAAAUACAGGACAUCGUAACCGACGUGAAAACAAUAAACAAAGUGAUAUCGGAUUGCUCGUUACGGUACUUCGACACCAUACUUCACGGUCCGUCGAGGACGCUGUAUUUUGUCGUGGAGUACAGCAGUUGGCGCAGUGCGCGAGAGCUGCUGGUGACUUGUGCUGAGGACCUCUACUUCGCGGAGAGCUUUCUGUGGCGGCUGCUGUUCGAGCUAGCAAGGCUGUGCAAACAAGUUGAAGAUCUGCGAUUCGCAAUAUUACAGAAAUGUAUCACGACGGAUUCUAUUUUCGUGAGCGAGAGUGGGGAGUUUCGUGUGAACUGUUUCGAUCUGACCUCUACGACCAACAGCAAUUUGACCAGACAAAUAGGCUAUGUACUACACGCUUUUUGCUACCGUACUGGCACUGGCGAGAAUCGAAUCAAGGAGUUUCACUACAGUGAUGACCUCCAGGAUAUCAUCAGAUUCCUCACAGACGAUAAAAAUUACAAUUUGCGCCCUGACGUCAUCCUCUACCAUCCUACAGUUCUCAGCAACAUCGAACAAUUGUCUGAAGCGAAGCCACUCAAAGAUAUACUUAUUAGUGCAGAUAACAAAGACAUUGUUUCUGAGGCAAAUAAGUGUGACUCUGAGAAGGCUGUAGAACUGUCUAAGACUGUGAAGCCACUACCUAGGAAGCCUGUGACCAUUGUCGACAGCCCCAUUUACUGCAAUGUCAGUCCCAAGCACAAGUUGAAUAAGAGUGAUGAUUUUGACUUGUCUAAUCACUCCCUGUCUCCAACACUGGCUGCUCUGGCAUUAGAACUACCAGGAUUUGUUCCUCGAAGCAGAAGACCUUACUCUGAAUGUGUGCAGAGGUAUACAUGUCCCAAACAAGUAUCAGAGGAGACUUUGAGUCAGCAAUGGAUGUCCUGCCUGGUGGCAUUGAGACAGAGAGAGGAGUCACUGAACCAGAGGGAGCGAGAUCUGGUGGCCAAGGAGAUACUGAACAGUCCCAACACCAAGAUAAUCCCAUUGAAUGAGUCUUUAGAUGUAGACGGAGGUGUGAGCAACGGGAUCACUUUGCCACCAAUGUUGUCUCAGGUUGGAGAUGAGAGGAUGUCACGGCGGCGGCGGCGCACCAGUUCAACGCGCGCCAGACCUCGCAGGAAGAGCUAUGCUUAUGAAGACCUGGACAGCUCAUUGUCAGCAGAUGCAGGGGACGGGAGUGUCAUAAUAACAGCCACAAAGUUCACUAAAGACAACAUGCCACGUCGUAACAUCUUUCCUGAUGUCUCAUCAAAGAAAGUGCACUUUACAUCUGUCAAUCCCUUUGUGGAAAGUGAUGAUAGUGUCACUCUAACAUUUUAUGAGUUGGAAAACUUAGAUAAUGAGGGGUAUCAGAAGCCUAGAGAAGUGAAAGACAUCAGCAAGUUCAAGUAUUUGGAUCUUGAGAAGAUCACCACUGAAAAAAGAGCUGCCUUGAACUGGAAUCACUCUUCGCCAUCAAAACAGGCGAAAACAAGCAAGAACAUCUUUGGAGACAUCACCAAUAUGAGCCAGGGGAGCAUUAGGAAGACUCCAUCUAAAGCAAGCUUGACAUCUAAGAGCUCAAAUACUUCAAAAUGUUCUGUCAUGUCCUUGCGAAGCCAGUGGAGUAUCGACUCAGGUAUCAGUAAGGGCAGUGAAGGCAAUGUGUGUGACCGCACCCGUUCUAGCAUGCGCCAGUCCCUGAUGCAGACACCUAAGGCCCCUCCUGAAGUGAAGAAACCUAAGAGGAAGUCUCUGCUACCAUUCAAAACACCAUUCAAAUUUAAAACUUCCACUAAAGUGUAAAAUAGAGUGGGAAAUAAUUAAGUGGCAAUUGAAAUGUGUUGUUUCAGUAAAGUUUCACUGGGAAAAUUAGUGUGUAAUUUAAUUUAGUUUUUAUACUGAUCUCCAUUCAAUGGUGUGUUAAAGUAAUUUCUUAAAAUUACUUACCUAUUUUGUGUCUUGGUUGUGGAUUUCUCUAUCAUACAAAUACAUGUAAGUCUUUAGUUCUUAGGUUUUUAGAGAUAUUGAUGUUCCUUUGAUUUAUUUGAAAAGUAUUCUGGCAGAUACUUAAUUUUUAUAAACUUGAUAUUUUGUGCUGAACUUUUAAAUAAGUUGAAAAUACGGACAACUACCCACCCUAACCCUAGAAUAGGAAAAAUAUAUGAUUGUAUGCUUAUGUGCAGGAAAUAUAUACUGUAUUCAAUAUUUUUGUUUUUGCUCACAUAAGUAUACUAAUGUACAUAAAUAAUGAAAUUUUAUUGCCUUUUAUGAUGUGAAUAAUAUUGUAAUUGUGAUCAAUGAUCAAAUUUUAGUCUUGUGUGUCUUCCUUUAAUAAUGUUAGAUUGUUUUUUGGAUUUAUUAAAAUAUAGAUUUAAAUCAAUAUAUACAUAUAAUACUUUUAUAUAGAACUUAUAUGUGGAAUAAAGUUAGGAUUUAAUCAAUAAAGAAACAUAAACAUA